AUGCGCACCGCACUCCUUGUAUCUGCUCUUGCAUUUGUUGCCCCUGUGUUCGGCGCACCAACAGGUACCGUCGUUCCUAUUGCCAAGCGCGCGGGACCUGUUGUACCCGACUCGUACAUUGUCCGACUCAAGGGAGACACCUCGAAGAGCUUGUUUUUCGCUUUGCUCGAUCCAAUCUUUAAAGCCGCCAGCUCUGGUAUCAUUCAUGACUAUCGCGACUGCGGAAAUUACCCUGAGGUUGCCCUGAAGCUCUCGGGCGAUGCUUUGGCUUUUGUCCAGCGCAUGAAAGAGGUCGAGUCUAUUGAACAGGAUGAGAUGAUCUUCUUACCGGAGUACGAGGAGGUUACUGGACUCAAUAUUGCCUCGCACACCAAUGCAGAGCGCCAUAGGCGACAUGAUACUCUUGCAGGUCGUGCCUAUGAAUCUAGCAAGCGUGGUGAAGGUGUAAAUAUAUACGGGAUUGAUACUGGCAUCAAUACUAAUCACGUAUGCUUUGAGGGGCGAGCAGUGUUUGGCAAGUCCUUCGUAGAGGGUGAAGGUGAAGGUGAUGGCAAUGGCCAUGGAACCCCCGGGAAAGGAUUUGGCCCUGCCAUAUACGCUAAAGUAAUUGCAGUAAAGGUCCUGAGCUCGAUGGGGUCUGGUAGUACCUCCGGUGUUAUUGCGGGUGUAUGCUGGGCCUAUAGCGAUUUCAAAGCAAAGGGGGUGUCAUCUGUAGCCAUUAUGUCCCUAGGCGGGCCGCUUUCUCCUCCACUGGAUCGUGCAGUCAAAAACGCUAUCGAUGGCGGAAUGCACUUUUCCAUAGCUGCUGGAAAUAGUGACUUACCUGCGGAUCUGUUCAGUCCAGCCCGCGUAGAGUCGGCCAAUACGGUUGGAGCGGUGGAUUCGAACAACCACAAGGCCUCUUUUUCAAAUUACGGGCCAUCCGUCGAUGUCUGGUAUUCGGGAGUUAACGUUACGAGCGCAUGGAUUACCAGUAACGAUGCGACAAGGGUUUUAUCUGGCACCUCGAUGGCUGCACCUGGUGUUGCUGGUAUCACGGCGUGCAUGCUUUCAAAGUGCCCAAGUUUGAACAAGCCUUCUAUUAUGUCUGAAGAGCUGCGGAAGCACGCUGUUGUUCAGGCCAAAUUCUCCAAUGCAACUCAGGCGGACCUGACUCCAAACAAGGGUGUUGCUCAGCUUUGGGACUGCAGUUAUUAA